UGGGAAGCUGUUACUGCGAAUCUCAAGCUUCUCUAUCAAAUCUUUAAAACUUGUUUUUUCUUCUCUUCUUCGUUCUUCGCAUCAUCUUCGUCUUCUUCCUCUUGAUUGCAAUCUCCAGGCCGCCUUCGCUUUAUCUGUCUCCAUUUUCCAGAUUCAGUUUUGGAGAAUGAAGGCAGAAUCAUCUCGCAAACGGACCCUCUGCCUUGCCGUCACAGCGGCUCUGGUCAUCGCAAUCGUCAUAAUCAUCGUGAUUUUAGGCUUCACGGUGUUCAAACCAAAGCGUCCGGUCGAAAAUGUUGAUUCCAUAACUCUUCAGGAGAUGCAUGUCGGUCUCGAUGUGGCCAAGCUCAUCGUAGAUCUCAACAUCACCCUCGGCAUCGAAGUCUCCGUUAGUAACCCCAAUCACGUAGGCUUCAAGUACUCCGACUCCAACGCGCUCCUCAAUUACAGAGGCCAGCUCGUCGGAGAAGCUCCUAUUCCGGCCGGCGAAAUCGCCGCCGGCGGGAACCAAACCAUCAAAGUCAGUCUCACCAUUAUGGCGAACCGCCUCCUCUCUAAUUCUCAUCUUCUCUCCGAUUAUUUCUCAGGUUCGUUGCCUCUAAGCACUUGGAUCACGAUUUCUGGGAAAGUGAGCAUCUUCGGGUUAAUUCACGUUCAUGUGGUUUCAACUUCGUCCUGUGAUUUUGCCAUCGAUAUCUCCAACAACACCAUAGGCCAUAAAGAAUGCCGUUACAAAACUAAACUAACUUAAUUCGGUGCUCUUAGAUCUUCAAUUUCUACUUUUUUUUCUUGUUCCUAUUUAUCUAAUUGAAACAUAUGUUGUAGAUAUUGGUUUUUGAUAUGUAAGCAGAUUUAUUUGUAGGAAUUAG